UUCUAUUUCUGAAGGAAGGCCUUCAGGCUUACAUAAACAACGUACCUGAUGGCAAGAUAAGGCUGGCUAUGCUGGAAUUCAACGACAACGCCACACUUCUUCACGAUGUGCUUCUUGUGAAUUCGACCACUCGUCAAAGUUUUGUGGCCACAGUGAACGCUCUGAAAGCUAAGGGGGGUACGUGCAUCGGUUGCGCACUUGAACUGGCUAUACAGGUGCUCACCAAACCCAAUGACCCUCCAUAUGGUUCCAUCGUCAUGUUGGUCACUGACGGUAAGGAAAACCUUAAGCCCUACCUGACGAGCAUGAUUCCAAGCCUCGUGAAUUCCCUCGUCGAAGUGAGCGCGUUUGCACUCGGAACCGCUGCAGACCCCAAGCUCGAAGAACUGGCAGCUGCAACGAACGGCAGGGUGUUCUAUUUCCCUGACAGUCAAAAAUUCGCUGCCGUCCACAUGGAAGUGGCCCUUCAGACAGCCAGCACACCCGGAAUGGUGGAUGCCGCAUGGCCCAUUAUGGCCGGCUCCCAAGCACGCGCCAUCUAA